AUGAGAUGCAUCUCUUUGAUAACGCAGAGAUUAACCAUAGCAACAUUGGGUGCGACACCGUAUAAGGGCUUGAAAAACAAAUUGCCGUGGAUGUUUAGAUGCUUGGGAUGUCCUUUUCUGGGCCUGUUUUACUAUUGUAAUGUGGGAACCCGAAGUUAUAAAUUUCAGGGUGAGGUCAUUGAAAUUGAGAUGAGCGCGUACUGGUUGGAUAGUAAUAGAUUUUACGAAGACGAAGACGAGAAAAUGGAAAAUGAAACAAGACGUCGAUGUGAAUACAGACCAUUUGGAUAUUAUGCUAUGAAAUUAUGCCCUAACAAUGAACAAAGAAUACUGUUAAGAGAGUGCAUCUCUGAUGCACCUAUCCUUGAUAGGUUUGCCUCAGUAUUAUCAGUGUAUCAUAUAAUUGUGGGAAUAGUUUCGGGCAUCUAUCUGCUUUAUGGAUGCCUCAUUAAUGACUGGCCUCACAUUCCUAUUGCAUUGUCAUGGGUACUGCCAGCCGUCUGCGUGAGAAUAAUUGGCGGAAAGGUAGUGUCCGUAGAUCCAAAUUAUAUAUUAUUUGACAAGACUGAACUAGAAUUAGUAUCCAUCGAUCCAGUAGAAGAAGGGGCAGUAUCCAUCGAUUCGGAUUUAAUUCCUAAAUUCAGUCCGCUGCUACAACAUGCCCCUGGGCAUCAGUGA